CAUCUCUGCUUACUCAUCUAAAUCCUAACCUAAGUUAUACAUCACGUGGUGUUUUUGUCUGUUGGCGGAUAUAAUCGGUAUAAAUAAAAUCAAUUAAUCAUUAUGGGUAAAAAAAGGAAAAAUAAUGAGAAAGACGAUGAAUUUGAAUUUGAUCCUCUUCCAAAACACCUUCAAGUUCGUCACAUAAAGAAUCAGGAGAAACGUCUUAUUGUAAUUUUAGAAAAUGCCCAAUUGGAAUCAGUCAAAGUAGGCAACAAUUUUCAACUUUUGAAUUGUGACGAUCAUGCGAGUAUUUUAAAAAAAGAUAACCGUCCACCCGGUAAUAGUAGACCUGACAUAACACAUCAAUGUCUAUUAAUGUUAAUGGAUAGUCCUCUCAAUAGAGCCGGUUUAUUACAAGUCUAUAUUAAAACGGAGAAAAAUGUACUUAUUGAAGUAAAUCCACAGACAAGAAUUCCUAGAACUUUUAAUCGAUUUGCUGGUCUUAUGGUUCAACUGCUACACAAAUUUUGCGUCCGUUCUUCGGAUAGUCCAAUGAAAUUAUUAAAAGUUAUCAAAAAUCCAGUAACGAAUCACCUUCCUGUUGGUUGUAAAAAAAUUGCCAUGUCAUUCAGUGCAAAAGAAGUUAAGAAUCCACGAGAUUUGGUUCCUUCCGAUGAACCCAUUGCUAUUAUUGUUGGAGCAAUGGCACAUGGACAGGUAAAAACGGACUACAUGGAAGACACAUUUUCCAUAAGUAAUUAUCCUCUCUCAGCUGCUUUGACAUGUGCUAAAUUAUGUUCAGGCUUUGAAGAAGUAUGGGGAAUUGUUUAAGUUAAAUAUUUUAAUUAAAACAUACUUAGAAUAAGUAAUUUUCUAAUAAUAAUAAUUGUAAAUAUCUUUGUAAUACAUUUUGAUAAAAUUGUUA